AUGCCGAGAACAACAGAUCAAUAUUCGAAUCAAACUCAAUCCACCUCGCACGGCGGCAAUCUCAGUGCUCUGCGACGAAGACGCGGUAACAUAAUCGGACACAUCACCACGUUCGUUCGGCUCAUUGAAAAUAUGCAGCAAUCUGAGCAACACGAUAUCGGUCUCUUACGCGCGCAUUUAGACAGUUUAAAGGAUGUCUGGUCCCGGUUCGACGAAAUUCAAUUCGAAUUAGAAACCAUAGACGAAUCGGAAACUUCGCGUCGAUAUGAAAUUCAUAACGAUUACGUAACGGUCAUCGCACGAGCUAAUUCAAUCAUCGAUGGAGCAAACGCGACCACUUCAUUAAGACGCAACACGACAGAUUCAUCCGCGACGUCGGUAUCAGCCCCGAUGGCCAUCAAGUUGCCAGAAAUGCGGUUACCGACGUUCGACGGCAAAUAUGAAAAUUGGACAUCAUACUUUGAUAAUUUCUCAUCCAUGAUCGAUCAGAACGCCGAUCUAACACCCACACAGAAGCUGCAAUAUUUACGUUCGACCCUCACCGGAAAGGCCGCCCCGUGUAUUCAAUCGCUGAGUACAACAGACGCUAAUUACGCCAACGCGAUCGAUUUAUUGAAAAAUAAAUUCGAUUGCAAACGUAGAAUCCUCUUAAAGCAUUGCGACGCGAUCCAGGCAAUCCCAAAACUAUCGACAGACUCUUCAGAAGGACUAGGAGAUCUCGUUGACACCGUGCGUCAAAAUCUCCGCUCACUAAAAAACCUCGGAAUCGACACAUCCUCAUGGGAUUGCAUUAUUAUCUCGAUUAUCCUUUCAAAAAUAAACGCUGACACCGCGUGGCAUUGGGAAUUAUCAUUGAAAGAUAAACAAAUGCCGUCGUAUACACACCUUCUCGACUUCUUAGAGAAACGCGCAAACUGUGGUCCAACAAUACACAAAAAAUUGUCGACGACACCCACGCAAUUCGGUCGAAAUACUUCAACAAGGCUUCCCAGCCAUCGACCCUCAACGCGUAAUCACGCUUUUAUAACCGCUAUCAACUCUAGAGAUCUCCAGAGUCAUCGCGAAUCUUACACGACGCCUUCCGUAUCUACGAAUUUCCCCAAAUGCCCUAUUUGUCAUGACGCACACGGUAUUUGGCGAUGUGAAAAAUUCUAUGGACUAUCGACAGAAGCAAGAACAGCCGCUAUACGAAGGGCCUCGUUAUGCCCAAAUUGUCUACGACACGACCAUAAUCCCGAAAUAUGUAGGAAAAGAUCAUGCCAAAUCUGCUAUGGACACCACCACACGUUACUUCAUAAAUCGAGACAACCAUCGAAUCAGACAACUCCGCCACCCGCAAAGCGCGCAAAGACCACGGAUUCGCAGAGAGCAUUUACGGUCAACACAAUACACAAUCAACUUCUUGUCACUGCUCAGAUCUUUGUAAUGAACAAGGAAGGACAAAAGGUUUUUUGUCGGGCCCUCAUUGAUACGUGCGCGACAACCAACUUCAUCACCGAAGAUCUCGCGAGAAGACUCGAUGCUCCGCAAAAGAAAUGCUCCAUUCCCAUCGGCGUUCUCAACGCGUUGUCCACGAUCGCGAAAUCUACCGUCACAGCCACGAUCCAUUCAAAGAUCAACAACUACCAACGCACGCUGAACUUCCUCACGAUUCCACGAAUUGCAUCCCUCAUCCCGGGUCAACCCAUCGACCGAUCUAAGAUACCGAUUCCAAAUAACAUCAAACUAGCAGACCCAGAUUUUCAUCGUCCAGCUUCAAUUGAUCUAUUACUCGGUGCAGGAACAGCGUUGUCCCUCUUGAGCGUCGGUCAAAUUAAUUUGUCUCCCCCAAAAGGACCAGACUUAUACCUGCAAAAAACAAAGGUCGGAUGGGUCAUCGGGGGGUGUCCUCCGGUUCCCUUCUCUCCCCGCAACAUUUCGUGUCACGCAACAGCUACACUCCAGUUUGACCUAAAUCGGUUUUGGGAAAUCGAAGAGGGGCCACAAAUCCAACAUCUCUCAAGUUCAGACAAGACUUGCGAAGCACACUUCAAAAAAUACACAUCACGAAACGCCGACGGACGGUAUAUCGUCGCUCUCCCCUUUAACAACAAUAUUCUUCGAUUAGGAGAGUCAAAAUCACAAGCAUUAAAACGCCUAGAGUCGCUAGAACGGAAAUUACAACGCAAUGCAACGUUAAAGAAACACUACUGCGCGGUGUUGAAUGAGUACCUCGACCUUGGUCACAUGGAACAGGUCUUUGAAGAUCGCGACAUCUCUGGCGGAUACUAUCUGCCACAUCACGGGGUUGAAAAGACCACAAGCGAUACGACCAAACUCCGCGUAGUUUUCGAUGGCUCUGCAGCAACAAGCACUGGCGUCUCGCUCAACGAUACCCUCCAUACAGGACCUAGAAUCCAGGAUGACCUACUAUAUAUUCUUCUUCGAUUCCGUACUCACCGUUAUGUUCUCACGGGUGACAUUGAGAAAAUGUAUAGACAAUUCUUCGUCCGCAAGGAAGAUCGUAAAUAUCAGCGAAUUCUUUGGCGCGACAACACUAAUCAAAUUUGUACAUACGAGCUGAAAACGGUCACAUUUGGUUUAUCAGCUGCCCCUUACCUCGCGAUCCGUUGUCUGACCCAACUUGCUCAAGACGAAGGUCAUAAAUUUCCCCACGCCGCCGAAAUUCUACUCCGCGAUUUCUAUGUCGAUGACGCAUUCACGGGAGCAUCGACCAUAGAAGAGGCGCUUUCCCUAAGAGAGGAUUUAACGCUGUUACUAAGAUCAGCUGGGUUGAACAUUCGACAAUGGGCAACCAACCAUAAGGCCCUCCUGAAAGGCUUACCAGAGCAAUCGAUCAACAAAAAACUUCAUCUCGGCGAAUCAUCAACGUUAAAAACUUUAGGCAUCGUGUGGAAAUCUUCGGAAGACUCCAUCACUUACGAGGUUAAAACACAAAUGGCCACCACACAUAUCACCAAGCGCCUCAUCUCCUCAGAGAUUGCCAAAAUAUACGACCCGUUAGGCCUUUUAGGACCAGUGAUCAUCAACGCCAAAAUCCUGCUACAAAGGCUUUGGUCCAUCAAGGUGGACUGGGACGAGUCUUUGCCAAUGGACAUUCAUACAGAAUGGAUGGACUAUUACAAGCAAUUACCGUUGCUGAAUAACAUAAUUUUUUCAAGAAAAACCAUUAUAGAUUCACCGACUAAAUUGGAAUUGCAUGGUUUCUGCGAUGCUAGUGAGAAGGCCUACGGAGCAUGCCUCUACAUCCGUUCAACAAACGCAAGCGGACACACACACACGGAACUUCUCUUUGCAAAAUCUAAGGUUGCGCCGUUAAAAACACAAUCGAUACCACGGCUCGAGCUUUACGGAGCUCUUCUCUUAACAUCUUUGAUCAACACAGCCAACAACGCAUUGCAUUUGGAAAUCCACCAUACCACACUGUGGACCGAUUCCACUAUCGUUCUCAGUUGGCUACGAACAUCGCCACACCUAUUAAAAACAUUCGUCGCGAAUAGGGUGGCAGAAAUCCAAACAAAAACCGAUAUCACAAAUUGGCGCCACGUUCCGACAACCGACAACCUCGCGGAUCUUAUUUCACGCGGUCAGACACCAAAAGAGUUCCUCCGACCAUCCAUCUGGCAUCACGGUCCAGAAUGGCUCGCAAGGGAAGAAUCCUUUUGGCCUACCGACAAUGUACCUUUAUGCGAAAUCGUUCCAGGACAAAGGACGGUAGUUUGUCUAGCCACUACCUCAAUAGAUACAAGCGUAUUCGACAAUUAUUCAUCCUGGGGAAAAACGCAACGGAUCGUCGCGCGCUGCCUCCGCUGGAAAAAGACAAACACUAACAAGGGUAGUCUGACGGUAUCAGAACUCAAGAAUGCUCACGACAUCCUGAUCAAGAUUCUACAGGGCAUACAUUUCUCCAAAGAAUUGCGAUAUGAAGCAGCACUUCUGGAACCGUUGGCAUCGGGAAUACUGAACGAGCUGACCCAACGCAGUAAAUGGUCCAAGGGCAGUCACCCGAUCAAGGAGGGUACACUCGUCCUUCUACGAGACGAUAACAUUCCUUCCAUGCAAUGGGCUUUAGGUAGAGUCACCAAACUGCAUCCCGGCUCCGAUGGCAUUAUUCGUGCUGCAACCAUCAAAACGGCCACAGGCACUCUUGAUCGGAGCACCAAAAGAUUAGUGCCCUUGCCAUAUCAACCUGAAGAAGAUGACCGCAUCCCAGGGGACCCAACACCUAUGGACAAGAGCUGA